UUCAGUUUAUCAGUCGUUGUCUUUACAUUUUUGCAUCUCUUCUACAUCAUUUUCUUCAGCUGAGAACAGCAACCAGUAGCCAUGGCUGAGCAGACUGAGAAAGCUUUCCUUAAGCAACCCAAGGUCUUCCUUAGCUCGAAGAAGUCAGGGAAAGGAAAGAGACCUGGUAAAGGCGGAAACCGUUUCUGGAAGAACAUUGGUUUGGGUUUCAAGACUCCUCGUGACGCCAUUGAUGGAACUUACAUUGACAGGAAAUGCCCAUUCACUGGAACUGUCUCAGUAAGAGGACGUAUCUUAGCUGGUACUUGCCACAGUGCCAAGAUGCAGAGAACCAUCGUCGUUCGUAGGAACUAUCUCCAUUUCGUCAAGAAGUAUCAAAGAUAUGAGAAGAGACACUCCAACAUCCCUGCUCAUGUCUCGCCUUGCUUCCGUGUCAAGGAAGGUGAUCAUGUCAUCAUUGGCCAAUGCAGGCCGUUGUCAAAGACGGUGAGGUUCAAUGUCCUGAAGGUUAUCCCAGCAGGUGCAUCUGCCUUUGCAAAGAAGGCAUUCACUGGAAUGUAAGAGUUUUUUGAAGCUAUGGAGAGAGUUUUCUUUGUUUGGUUUUGAUUUUUGGAAUGUGUUGUUUGGUCACCACGUUUGUCAUCUUAAAUGUUUUGUCUUUGGUUUGGUACUUAUCUCUAUAAGAGUCCAUUGCUUAGCUUAAUCUUAAACAAGGACAGAUAUUCAAUGAUUUAUCCUAAUUGUUUAUGAGUUUUGUAUC